GCAACACACACACACAUACACACACACACAAGCACUCAGAGUGGGCAGGCGAAGUCGAGUUUCCAGAGUUUUUUCUGCAGCAGGGAAAGUUUCUGGUGUUUUUGCUUCGACUUUUGAGUCGUUGUGUGAGGACGGAGUCAUCAUGGUGACAACAGAGACCCACCAGAGCCAGGACCUACUGGUCCCCCCACAGAACCAGGACCAACAAGACCAGCAGGACCAGCAAGAGGAGAACCAGACCUCCCCAUCAUCCUCCUUAACAGGUUUCAACCCUGAAACCAUGAGUCAGGGUCCUGUCAACGCCAUCACAGUUCUCACUCUGCUGGACAAGCUAGUCAACAUGCUCGAUGCAGUGCAGGAAAACCAGAACAAGAUGGAGGUGCAUCAGGUGGAAAUGGAGGGCGUAGUCAGAGGGAUCCAGGCCGACAUGACAAAGCUGUCCAAGAGCCACAGCCACACGUCCAACACUGUGAGCAAAUUGCUAGACAAGAGCCGCAAGCUGUCUGUCACCAUGAAAGAGGUUAGGGAUAAGAUGGAGCGUCAGGGGGUCCAGGUGAAGAAGCUGGAGGCAAACCAUGCCCACCUAAUCAGCAGAAACAACUUCAAGGUCCUCAUCUUCCAGGAAGAGAACGAGAUCCCAUCCAGUGUUUUUGUGAAGGAUCCUCCUCCUUUUCCUCGUGAUGAGAUUUUGGCAGAACGUGAUGAAUCAGCCCCAGAUGCUGUUGACGGUAGCCGUUCCCUGGAGGGAGGACUCCACACCAUCGACUUGUCAUCUGAUGAGGAUGUCGGGCUGGAAGCAGAGCUGGAGGAAGAGGAGAUGUGGCCUCAUGAUCUGGAGAAUAUGGAGAAAUCCAGAGCUGAGAAGCUGAAACGCUCCAGUCUGAAGAAGGUUGACAGUCUGAAAAAGGCGUUCUCCAGGCAGAACAUCGAGAAGAAGAUGACAAAGAUUGGAACAAAGAUUGUUUCUCAGGAGCAACGAGAAAAGAUCAAACAGAAAACUUCCAGCCUGAAGGUUUCACCGUUGACGUUCAACAUCAGGAAGCCUCGCAGCAGCUCUGACUCUCAGCUCCCUGAAACUUCCAUUCAGACUCAGGAGUCGGUCACUACUGAGGCAGACGUCCAGCUGUCCCCACUGGGCAGCACUGACCUGGAGGUCCCCUUCACCGAGGUCCAUGCCCAGCUGGCUCCAGCUGAGCAGGAGGAGAAACAGGAGGUGAAGGAGGAGGAGGUGGAGACGGGGGGUGAGGAGGCCUCCGGUGUGGAGGUGGAUUUGUCAGUGGUUUCUGAGGGAGUGGGUGAGGAGUACGCACUGUCCUCCACCCUGCGUCAUGAGGAUGAAGGGGAGAAGGAGAAAGAGGAGGAGAAAGAGGAGGGGUCCUAGACAGUCAUCAAUAUACUGAUUUAUGGAGAUUCACUGACUACAAAUCUGAGCAGAUUAAUAAAGGAACAGGUCAACAGUUAGCGAAACUUUCUCUCUGACAGUCAGUUCAGACGGAGCUGAAGUCAGUGAGAGCAUUUCACCAAGUGAGCAACUGUUCCUUCAAACUUCAGAGCUGUUUUGUUAUUGAUAAAUAUUUCUUUUCUGAUAAACCACACACACACAUACAAGUUAAUUCCUGAGUUAAGAUUUCUAUUCACGUGUGCUGAGAACUCUUGUCUUUACAAGUGACCCUGAACUUUUUAUCUCCAAAAUGACAACUUUUAAAGACAAAACAAACAUUCUCUGACCUGUUACAUCUCAUUUUAGGUCAUAGUUUUGUAUGAAGUCAGAAAAUUUAAAAUUUUCAACUGAUCUCAAGACUUAAAAAAUGAUCACACUCCAGUUGUUUUAACUGGACAGCAAGUAUUUUCAAGCUAAACGUUCCUCUUAUUUUUUGUCUAAUGCUUACUGACAUUGUAACUAAUAAUCAACAUAUUUCUAACAUUAAUGUAGUGUGAAAAUAUUUACAUCAGUGCAGCCCAACAGAGAGUCUGAACUUGAUGAGGCUCUCAGACAGAACACUCACAACUCAGGGACUACUGAAGUGAACAAGGUGCUAAAUAGAUCCCUGAAAAACCCAUUGUUCCAUUCUUCUGAUAUUCCUGUUCAUAACUAACUAACUAACUAACUCAAGUCAUACUCGCCUUGAGGUUCCUCUGAAGUUCUGUUUGCCAAACAUGCCCAAAGGGUUGUCUGAAAUGCUUUGAUCAUCUGAUUGUUAAGUUGACCAGUUUAGAUCCUCUGAGGGUAAACACUGAAAAAUAACCAGCCUGCUUGUUAACCACACAGAAGUGUUAAGAACUAAUAGUAAUCGUAAACUGAUCAACAGACCUGAUCAAACAAACUGCAAAACAACCAGAAACACCCACAGUUAAAGAAACUGAAAUAUCCAUAAAUGCUGAAAACAUGCAUUCUUUAUAUCAUGUUUCAGAGUGUUUCAACUCUUUGUUGUUUUCAGGUUUAAGUUGCUGUUUUUCUUUUAUUUUAAUGCACAUUGAAACUUUCUGCUGCCAAAGAGCACUUUCUGUUUGACUUAUGUUACCUGUGAGAUCAGUCACCCAACAGGUGUGUGAGAAUCACCUGAAAUCUAAAAUAAAGUGUAACCACA